UUGCCAAGGAGACCCAGCGCCCUCCUCCCCGGAAGCGGGGCCCGGGCGCAUGCGCGGCUGUGGGAGGCGGGGCCCUGCCGGGCGGGAGGCACUGGGCAGCUCCUCGGAGGAAGAGGAAGGGGCCGCCGUCGCCAUGAUGCGCUUCAUGCUCCUCUUCAGCCGCCAAGGGAAGCUCCGGCUCCAGAAGUGGUACCUGGCCACUUCCGACCGCGACAAGAAGAAGAUGGUCCGGGAGCUGAUGCAGGUGGUCCUGGCCAGGAAACCCAAGAUGUGCAGCUUCCUCGAGUGGAGAGACCUCAAGGUGGUCUACAAGCGGUACGCCAGCCUCUACUUCUGCUGUGCCAUUGAGGGGCAGGACAAUGAACUGAUCACCCUGGAGCUGAUCCACCGCUAUGUGGAGCUGCUGGACAAGUACUUUGGCAGCGUGAGUGGGCAGAGGCCAUGGGGAGGGGGCUACUGCUGGCCAAAGGGAGGCCGAGGUGUGGGGUGGUGGGGAGUGGCUCUGACCUGCUGCCCCCUCCCCAUAGGACUGUGUGUGUUGGGUGCCAGGCAGGAAGCAGGAGGGGAUUGGGGCCUGAGGGUUGAGGGUCCUGGCACUCCCCUCCACACAAAUCACAGGAAGAAAUGGGCCUCCUCCCAGGAUUGGACUGCAGUCCAUCUACAUCAUAGACUCCGGGAGACAGCUCUGGUGGAGGGCUGCCGUGUGGCCCCCUGGGAGCGCGCGGAAGGGCGUGGCCGAGGACCUGCAGCGCUUCUGCUCCCGAUGGUCAAAGAGAAGCACCCCCGGAGUCAAGGUCCGCGCCUCACUCGGGAUGACCAGCUGGGGCCCAAGGACUUCAAGAAGUACCGUGUCAUCGCUAAGCAGUGA